CUAGUAGCCGGAGUAGGGCCAAAAGCAGCAGAAACCGGAUCAGAAGGAAGCGCUGAAGGAUGAGUAGUCUGAAGAAGAGUUUGUUCGAUGCGUUCUUUCUCCAACAUUUUGGAUGGGCCCUCGGCCGGGCAUGGAGGCUUUCGUGGGAUAUUAGGCCGGGCUCGAAGAAGGAGCUUAUUGGGAUGCCAUAGCCGAGGUCAGAGACAGGGUAAUAGACAGAGGAGCUCUACUAAUCGACGAAGCCAGGGGAGUAAACGAUAUCCGGGAAACCUAAACCAGGUUGGAGAAGGAUUGCGUUACCCAGAUAAAAGGAAUAAUAAUUAGGAUUUUCAGAUCUCUUUCCGCUCCGGGCUUGUCCUCUGAAAUUCUGGCCUCCGCCUACCACCGAAGCCUUUCUCCUCCUCCGCCGCCGGCGUAUAUUCCUUCAUUAAUACGCCAUGGCAGCCGAGAACUGCAUCUCGGAUCGGGAUCUCCCGGCAACCGAUCUCCGUCGCUGUUCCGGGAAACGACAACGAACCAGUUCAGAACCAGAUCUUCCUCCCACGACGAUCAGCAAACUCGGAACCGAUCUCCUAGUAGAGAUUCUGAUCCGCCUCCCCAGCCCAAGAUCCGCCUGCCAGUGUAAAAUCGUCUGCAAGCAGUGGGGCUCCCUGAUCUGCAGUCCUCACUUCAACCGCCGUUUCGUAUCUCACCACCAGACUAUGAAUCUGGACCAAGCAACUAUGUCGGUGGAUCCGUACGAGCUGCUAUCGGUAAUCCUGAGCUUUCUCCCUCCCAUGCCAUGCAGUGUUCGAGACUCCCUUAGAGUUUUGGAUUGCAACAAGGACUUGGUUUUAUGUGGGUUUUGGGAUACAGACUGCGACGAUGGGGAACAGGGCAGAUCGUACUUGGUCUGCAAUCCUUUUACGAAGCAGUGGAUCGCUCUUCCUUUAGCGCCCAAGAAGAAUACGGGUUAUGUAUCACCGGCCUCAAGGUUAGUUUGCGAACCCCGUAUUUCUAAUAAGCUUGAUCUAGGAGAUGAUCAAGCAUUUGUUUAUUCUGAGUAUCGAUUCCGGGUGGUGUGUAUUUAUCAAGUCGCUCGACCAAGAAUUGCUAUAAAGCUGGAUGUCUUUUGUUCGGAAUCUGGAGAAUGGACCAAGGAAGCUCUUGUCUGUGAUGGUCAUGUUAAAGUUGAAUUGAAAAGUACAAUUUCGUGCAAUGGGGAGCUAUUUUGGAGGUAUUAUGACCUCUACAGUCUCAGAAGGGGUUAUGAGAUACUUAAUAAUUUGGUGGCUGUGUUUAACCCUUUCCGCCUUGAUAUGCAUCCCACAUCCAUGGAUAUUUCCCGAUUUCUUGUGAAUCCGUAUUACUGGUUUAUUUCCGCCUCACAAGGCGUGUUUCAUGUAAUUCUACAAGAAAAUGAGACUAUACCUUAUCGUUUAAGCGUUUGGAGGCUGGAUAAAGACCGUAAAUCUUUGAUUAAACAAUGCGAAGGGUGGGUGAACGAGACAACAAAGUGUGGUAACUAUGAAGUUAUAAACGGGUGUCACAGACCCUCACUCCAUCCACAUAAUCCGGAAGUCAUCUUCUUCAAUCCAGCCUAUUCUAGUGCAAAGAAUGCUUUAUUCUGCUGCGAUUUGAGAAGGGGAGAGCUAGAGUUCUUAGCUAAAGUAGAAGGACGGCCAGAUGUCUUUCGCCUUCAGGUGUUCCAGCCAAGGGUUUCUUGCUGGGCUACUCCAAUUCCAAGGUAUGCGGAGUUGCGAGGCAUGUAUGAUGGAACAUACCGCUUUUGGGUCCAGACUCAGAGCAGCAGGGAAGCAAGAACUCCCUCCCUGCCUUCAUCCCUCAAUAUUGACGAAGCUACGAAAUCCGCCCUUUACAAGGACGGUAUGGAACAUGGCAUUGAAGAGGCAACUGAAAUCAUUCAGCAUAAGGAGAACGGAAUCAGGGAGACUGUUUUAAGAGAAAGGCAGCAGCCUCAUUUUCCACCAGACAAGGAAUCGGAUGUACUAGAGGCGGAUUUGAAAGAUGUUGGAGCGAAUAUUGCCGCUAUUAGCAAACCGAAAGAACUGAAGCACAGCCUUUUGUGUGAAACGUCGGCAGAGCGUCCUCCUCAAGCCCCUAUUACAAGUGUCUUCAAGCGAUGGAUACCACCUCAUAUACGCGCAGUGAUGUUGAUGAUGGAGGACGAGGAAAAAUAUGAGCUUCGUCUUUUGGAAAAUAACUGAAUGAUCUUUGAGGCUGUUUGGUUGAUGGGGAUCACGCCAUCGCAGUCACUGAGGGUGCAGCGGAAGCUCUGUUGCAGCUGCUCAGGCCGGCCGCAGCUAAAGUCUUGCAACUCGCUCAUUCAAUCCCUCUACACCGUGGGCUGAUUGAUGUCUUGGGCUGAUUGAUGUCUUGAGUGUUUUGUAUUAACUUAUUUUCGUUUUUUAUAGAGUGAUUUGUAGUAACUUAUGUGCGCAAGAAUUACUGUUUGGAUGGAUGUAUUUAUAACUAUUCUUGAGCCGGGUGUAUUUUUCAUAAGUUAAGCCACUAGGACAGACUCAUCUAAUAUAUAGGGACAAGUCAUUUUCCCUUUUCAGGUUACCAUCUUUGCAUGUCUAUAACUUUUUAUUGGCUUUAUGAAAAUUCAAGUUUGAAGUC